AGUUUAGAUCGCAGAUAGAACGCAAGCUAGUAGCCUCUCUUUCAUCGCUUCUCGCUACUUCUCCCGUUCCUGCCUACCGGAGUUCCGGAGUACCGGCGUUCGCCUCGCCGCCUUACCGGUCAGAAAACCGCCUCAGUGCCUCUCGUCUCCUCUCAAUACUAGGUUCCUAUUUUUUCCUUAAUUUCUCUAAUUUUAUUUUUGCCCUACUACGGCCUCUGAGGGUGGGGGAUUAAGCGCGGAGAAGGGAGAAGUCGUAAGCUUUACCAGGUUCUCCAGAUUCUAAAGCAUGAAGCGCAGUUACUCAGAAUCUCCAUCUUCUAGCUCCUUUGGACCUCCUUCGUCUAAAUUUAAACACAACCCACCAGGUGACUCUGAGUUUUUGGAGGAUGAGAGUACAAAAAUCUUUGCCAGGAAGGUUGCUGACCAUUAUAGUGCUAGGACCAACCAAACACUUGAAGAGCGGGAAGCAAGCCCCAUUAUCCAUUUAAAGAAACUUAACAACUGGAUCAAAAGUGUCUUAAUUCAACUUUACACCAAAAGAGGGGAUGUAGUUCUUGAUCUUGCUUGUGGAAAGGGCGGUGAUCUUAUUAAGUGGGAUAAGGCAAAGAUUUCAUAUUAUGUUGGCAUUGAUAUUGCUGAAGGCUCAAUUGAGGAUUGCCGUACACGCUAUAAUGGUGAGGCAGACCAUCAUCAAAGACGGAAAAAGUUCUCUUUUCCAGCUAGGCUUAUAUGUGGAGAUUGUUUUGAGGUUCAGUUGGAUAGAGCUUUGGCAGAUGAUAUGCCUUUUGACGUUAUUAGCUGCCAGUUUGCCAUGCAUUACUCAUGGUCCACUGAAGCACGUGCACGACGUGCCUUGGCUAAUGUAUCUGCUUUACUUCGACCUGGAGGCAUCUUCAUUGGAACAAUGCCAGAUGCCAAUGUCAUAAUCAAAAAGCUUAGAGAAGCUAAAGGGCUAGGUUUUGGUAAUAGCGUGUACUCAAUAGAGUUUAGUGAAGAAUAUUCUGAAAAGAAAUUCAGACCGUCUAACCCUUUUGGCAUCAAAUACAAGUUCCAUUUGCAGGACGCAGUUGACUGUCCUGAAUGGAUUGUCCCUUUCCAUGUCUUCAAGGAAAUAGCAGAAGAGUAUGAUUUGGAGCUAGUGUUUGCGAAAAACUCGCAUGCAUUUGUUGUUGAAUAUAUGAAGAAGCCAGAAUUUAUUGAGCUCAUGCGCAGGCUUGGUGCGUUGGGCGAUGGAAACCAAGACCAGAGUACGCUUUCACCAGAUGAAUGGGAUGCUGCCUACUUAUACCUGUCAUAUGUCUUGAGGAAGCGAGGGCAACCGGACCAGAGACCAGCGAAUCCAAAACGAGACAAAGGUAAGAUGCAAUUGUCAAAGGAGGACAUCACGUAUAUCAGCGGUGGAAUAUAGUGCAUAAUCCGAUCAGCAACAAGCCGUGAGGCAGACAGUAUGGCAAAAAACCUUUUUCCACACGAGGAAACAACAAAGAGCGCCACAGAAUCACAGCCGCUGUCUUGUUUCCAUUUCGUGUUCUCUUUAUAAAGGCUUAGACAAACUCGCUUACAAAUUUUGUAGAACAUUAAUAACGGCGCAGAAUUCUCUGGUGCAGUGAAGAUGGUGGCUGUUUCUUGUGAAAGGGUAUGUUGCCAUUGCUUAUAUUACAUUCAAAGAGAUUUGCGUAAUUCUCCCCACCCCAUGGCGUAUACACAGGAAACAUUAUACUUAAACAUGCUGUCUGAAUCUGUACUUUUUCCCCAAGAAUCUGAUCCCUUCUUCUCCCUCCAAACCUCGUGUUCUUGAGUGAAACUGUAUACUUGAACUGCCAUCGUAAUCGUUCUUGAAUUAGCUCAUUUUUUUCUCCAAAAGAUCGAAACUA